AUGUCCUUCAUAUUUCCCAAGCUAUUAAACGUCUCAGCUUUGGCCCUUGCUGUCUACUUUUACAUCUUUGCUGAAGUCCACGCUGCUCCAAUUGAUAAUGCUGCUCCUUCAAAAAAAAACAUCAUCUUUUUGGUUGGAGAUGGAUUGGGUCCAAGUGGUGUCACCUUAGCUAGGUACUUCAGACAAUACAAAGAAGAUUUGCCAAUCAAUGACUACUUGGAAUUGGACAAGUACUUGAUCGGUAUGCAAGGGCACAGAUCCAAUUCCAGUUUGAUUACAGAUUCUGCUGCUGCUGGUACUGCUUUGGCCACUGGGAAAAAAACUUAUAAUGGUGGAAUUAGUGUAGAUGCUGAUGGUUUCCCUGUGGGGGCUAUUGGUGAAGCUUUGAAGUUGCAAGGUUAUACUACUGGUGUUGUUGUGACUACAACAGUCACUGAUGCCACUCCAUCAGUCUGGUUUGCCCAUGCAAAGAAUAGAGCUUCUCAAGAUUUGAUUGCUGAACAAAUGGUUGGUGAGAUUCAUCCUUUGGGAUUUGUUCCUUCAUUGAUCUUAGGGGGUGGUAGAGAAUACUUUUAUGGUUUGGAUCAGGGUGGGUUGAGAAAAGAUAACAGGAGUUUGAUUGAGGAGGUUCAAAACAAUGGAACUUGGACUUAUGUUGGUGAUAGAGCUGGGUUUGACUCAUUGGAAGAAGGAAAAAAUGCUGAAUUACCGUUGUUGGGUUUGUUUGCUGAAGACGACUUUCCUUACAGAAUUGACAGAGAUGAUUCUGAGUACCCAAGUUUGGUUGAACAAACCAGAGUUGCCUUGAAUGCAUUGGCUAAUGCUACUGCUGACUCUGAUCAAGGUUUCUUUUUGCUUAUUGAAUCUUCAAGGAUCGAUCAUGCUGGUCAUGCUAAUGACUCGCCAGCUCAUGUUGCUGAAACCUUAGAGUAUGAUGAUACCAUUUCUGAAGUGUUUAACUUUAUCCAAAACACUGAUGUUGAUACCAUUGUUAUGGCUACUGCUGAUCACGAGACUGGUGGUUUGGAUCUCAUGUCAACCUCAUUUGACACUUAUGAUGCUAUUGCAAACGCCACUCACUCUGCUGAAUACUUGACCAACGCCAUUUCAGAAUUCGAAGAUAAAGAAAAUACCGACUCAUUGAAUUCAUUCAUUAGAUCAACCAUUUUUGAAGAAGGUUUAGGUUUAGGAAACUACACUGAUGAGGAGGUUGAUAGACUUGCCAACUUGGUUGCUGCUGGAGAAGAAGAUAGCUUGUUAACUACUAUUUCCAACUUGACUGCUUCCAGAGCUGAAACAUUUUGGGCAUCCAUUCAGCACACCUCAGUUGAUGUUGGAAUGUACGCUUUUUCAAAUUCACCUUAUUUGAUGCAAAAAGUGUUAAACACUAAGGAUGGUUUGGCUGGAUUCCAUGAAAACAUUGAUUUCAGUGUGUUUAUCAAGUCCAUUACUGGCAUUGAUUUGAACGAUGUUACAGAAAAAGUUUCUGAUAUUGCACUUGAGUAUUGA